AGUUUUAAUCUUUUAUUAUUAUUAAUGUUUUUAAUUUUAAGUUUUUAUUCAAUAAAUUAUUUUAUUUUUUAUAUUUUUUUUGAGAUAAGGUUGAUUCCUACUUUUAUUUUAAUUAUAGGAUGAGGGUAUCAGCCAGAACGUUUAAAUGCUAGUAUAUUUAUAUUAUUAUAUACUUUAUUUUCUUCAUUACCAUUAAUAAUUUUAAUUUUUUAUAUUUUUUAUGAAUUUAAUUCUUUAAGAUAUUUAAUUUUAUUGAAUUUAAAUUUAAAUUUUAAUAAUUUCAAUGAAAUUAUUUUAUAUUUUUUUAUAUUUUUUUCUUUUUUAGUAAAAUUACCAGUAUUUAUAUUUCAUAUAUGGUUACCUAAAGCUCAUGUAGAAGCUCCAGUUUCAGGUUCAAUAAUUUUGGCUGGAAUUAUGUUGAAAUUAGGUGGAUAUGGAAUUAUUCGUUUUAUAUAUAUUAUUUUAAAUUAUUGUUUAAAAUUUAAUUAUUUAUUUUUAUUAUUAAGGUUAUUAGGAAUAAUAAUUUUAAGAUGUUUAUGUUUACGACAAUUUGAUUUAAAAGUAUUAGUUGCUUAUUCUUCAGUUGUUCAUAUAGGAAUAAUAUUAAUGGGUUUAAUAUCAUUAACAAAUUUUGGUUUAAUAGGAUCUUUUUUAAUAAUAAUUGGUCAUGGUUUAUGUUCUUCGGCUUUAUUUUUUAUAGUUAAUUUAAUAUAUGAACGAAGUCAUAGACGAAAUUUAUUAAUUAAUAAAGGUAUAAUUAUGUUUUUACCUUCAUUAAUAAUAUUUUGAUUUAUAUUUUGUGUUUGUAAUAUAUCUUCUCCUCCUUCAUUAAAUUUAUUAAGAGAACUUUUAAUUUCAAAUGUUUUAUUAAAUUGAUCUUUAAAUAUUUUAUUAAUUUUAA